AUGGACUUCAAGAAACUCAACCAGCAGCGUGUCACCAAGACUUCCACCAUUCCGACUACCCCUUACUCACAACCGCAACGGGUGACGGACUACCAGAAGGAAAAGAUCCUUAAUUCCAUCAACCAGCUCAACGACAAGAUCGCGGAUGCACAGGAGACAGCCACUCGUCUCGAGCGCGAGAUGCCAAAGGCGCGCAAGGAACUCGAGCUGGCUCAGGCAGGUGUCGCCAAAGCAGCCACGAGCUACACUCGUGGUCGCCUCACUCGCGCUCGAGAGAAGCUAUCCGACAAGGAGCUUGCCAUCAAGGGCACAGCAGCCAGCAUCCAAGCAUGGGAAGACCAAAUCGCGCAGAAGAAGAAGAUUCUGGUCGACGACGGGAAGCUCAGCGGCUCGAGAAGCGGUGCUGCCACCCCAGUACCUGUGCAGCGGGUUGAACGCAAGGCAUCUGCCACGCCGAUGCUCAAGAAGGCACCACCCAAGAUCACGAAGCGCACGGUCAAGGUGCCACUUGGUCCUUCCAUGAAAGAGAAGGCUGAGCGUCAGGCGGAGGAGAUCGUGCGGCGACGAGCUGUACGCGAGCGUGAGAUACAGGAGAGGAGGGAUGCCGCCGCCAUGGAGGCCGCUGCGCAGCCGCAGGGUCAACAAGAAGUGGUCGAGACCGCCCCGGUCGCGCAGAUGAUAAGCGACCCAAAGGAUUCACCUUCCUGCAGUAAGCGCAAGCGCGCUGGCGACGAGGGUCACGCUCAGCAAAAGAAGCCCAAGCUCGACAGCAACGAGUCGGAGGGCAGCGAGGUCUCGAAGGGUAGCGAGACGUCGCAGCCAGCCAAAGCCAGACCGGCAGUGCCUGACAACGCCACCACCGAGUCGAUGAGGGCGAAGGGAAAGCUGUACGUCUACCACCCGAAGCGACGUACCUUCGACUACUACACAAUCGGCGAGAACGACACCAUCGUCGGCCUUGCUCAGACUCGACGCCCGAGUGGUUUUAGGUCGGGUGCUGGCUCUGCAGCACCGAUCGCGGAUCCUAUUACUCCGACCCGUGAGCGUGAUGGUGAGACUGACUAUCAGCUCCAUGGCUUGGUCAAUACCAAGCUCUCUUGCUUCUCAAAUGGAGCUCUGCAGAUGCUGGGUGCCGCCUUGACGCACGAGCAGAUCGAGCAGCUAAGAGGUGACGGCGACCUAGCUACGUUCGGUCUCAAGCACGAUGACUUCCUGAUGCUCAAGACUGAUGCGGACGGUAAGAUGAGGAAGUCUGACCGAGACAACCUCGAGUCGCUCAGGAGCAGGAUCAGCAUCCAUGCUGCCAAGAACGGAGAGAUCCCAAUAGCACCAUAUCUUGGCCAGGUAUUGCUGGACAUGAGAGAGGGCAUCUUUCACAAGUCCAAGAUGCCAAAGGAUAAGCACGUCGCCAAUGCCUGUCUUAUGCAGCAGGUAUUCGCGUACGGUGCUGAAGGUGGUGCCCGAUCGAUGUAUGAUGGCGACUGUCAGCAGGAUGCUCGCCUCUACAUGGGCGCUCUCAUCGAUUCUGUGGGCGAAGAGCACAAGUUCCUUGGUGAGAUUUUCCAGUCGACCGCAUCGGUAGUGCUUGAGCGCAGUAAGUGUUCACAUAAGAGCGAGCACCUCGAGACGGGUAUGUCCUGCGAUGCGUCCUCCGACAUCCCGGGCGAUCUUCAAGCCGCGGCCACUACGAUGUGGUCCGCGAGCACAAUGGAAAGUGGUUCGUGA